AUGAAGAACUUUAAGAGACGUUUCUCGUUGUCGGUCCCUCGUACGGAGACCAUCGAGGAGACCGAGUUUACCGAGCAAAUCAACCAGCUCAACAUGAGGCACACUCAGGGCUUAACCCCGGACAGACUGGGUCCCCCCUCCCAUGAUGCCAGCCCGGUGAGCCCAGAGCCAACGACCCCCGGAGCCCAUUCUCCCUCCGGCCUACACUUCCACAGCAAGGCCCAGCACAGACGCUUCUCCAUGGAGGACUGGGCCCUGGCCGACGUGCUGAAGCAGCUCAAGCAGAAGAAAACCAUCACGACUCUGGACCAGAAAAUAGACACAAUCAGGAAGAAGAGGAAAGCCGAGGAAAAAGGGGGUCAGAACAGCAAAGCUGAAGGUUCCUCAGAGAACCCGGAGGAGGACAUCAAAGCCGAGCCUGCUGAGGAAGAGGAUGGAGAGGAGGAUGAUGAAGAGCAGGAGUUUGGGUCCAGUGACGAGGAGGUUCUGACCAAAUCAGGUAGAUCCACCUGCUUCUUUCCAUGGUUGUGUGUUCUGAGUGAGACCCAGACCCGGAUCCCGGGGUCUGGGGACUCCCGGUGCAUGCUGGGAACUCGGCCCGCCGUUACGGCUCUGGGCUUCAAGCAGCCGACCCCCAUCCAGAAGGCCUGUGUCCCCGUGGGUCUGAUGGGCCGGGACCUGUGCGCCUGUGCUGCCACCGGGACAGGUACCAGCAUCCGGGGGGGGAGAGACCAUUCAGGGCCCCGGAGGGGGGGGGACUAG